AUGUCUCCUAAGAAGAACACCGGCGCAGAGAACAAGCAGGAAGCUGCCGGCCCCGUUCCAUCCGAGUCUCUCGCUGCCGAGUCGUACCGCGAGGGUGGCGCUUUCGCGGAAAACGUCGGCACUCACCUCGAAGACUCCAACACAUCCAACUUGAAGAAGAAAUCAGCAUCUAGUAAACUAGACGCCGCUCCUGGCGAAGGUUAUCGCAAAGGGCCCCAAGACGAAUCUUACGAAAGUCUAAACGCCCGCAAUGUUGGUAGCUCGGAGAACAUGCCUGAUUCUUACGGUGGAGAGGCACCUUCCUACGUCAACAGCCAAUAUGUCGAUACCCAUGGUCCAAAGGGUAAAAACUUGCACGAGGGAUUCGAUGAUUCCGGCACUAGAGAUGGUAUCCAGGCCGCUAUGAAUGCUAAGAUUGGGAGCAAGAAUGAUCCUAGCCGGCUGGCCGAGAACGAGUUCGAGAUGCGCAAUAGUGCCAAUCCUCGGGCGGGUAACGAGGGAAAAUUUUCAACUGAGACGAAGGAGCUCCUUAAUCGUAUUCUUAUUCAUUGCCUCAUAGUCCGGGGCGUAAAACGCGGUGUCCGGUUGAGGCUCGUAUGCAAACAUUUCGAUGAUAUGUUCAUGCCAGCUCUCUAUCAAUCGCACAUUCUAGACUCUUUUUCCGCGCCGUAUGUUGGCUGGGAGUGGUGGUCACGUAAAGACUCCUGCGGAUCUAUCAAGCUCUGGCAUGGCUACCUUGUCUUCCGUGUGCUUGGCGAGCAAAGCCCAGACGUAGGACGCUUUAUUGAGAUUCGCAAUGCUGCCAAGGCUUUGAGUCAUCUCUCUGAUGAUGCCCUCUCUCUAUAUGAAACCGUCCACGGCCUCUGCUGGUUGGCAUUAGAGCUAGGCACCAACUGCCCUGGCGAACGGCAGCUGUGGUUGAAGGGAGACGGCCGCGAGUGCUGGGUCAUCUACCCUGAUCAAUAUAACCCUCCAACUGUCGAGCGUGCGUUAGAGCGACAAAGUGGUUCAAGCCAGAGAACUCCGCCAUCGAAUGCGCAACUCGAUCUGCUUUGCGGUGCAGCUUACUUCAACCUGGUUUCAGUUGCCGAAAAUCUGCUACAGCAAAGCCAUGGCCUGAGUAUGCGACCUUCUCCGCCACUCAUUUCCGAGACACCAAAGUGCCUACAUGGCCAAAGUCUGAUGGACAUGUGCUAUCAUAGAGCCUUCUCCCCCACGCCGACCAUGUAUGAUUUUAUCAUGAACACAUUUCCUGACAUUCACGAUGAGGAUCGCAGGAUCGGGUACCGGCGACGAGACGAGGUGGCCAGGUACGCCAGAGACGGCAAUCUGGAAAUGGUGCGUCAUAUUAUGAGCGCCAGCAUAAAGGUUCAUCGCGGGGGCUUUGCCAGGCUUGCAAAUCCCCUUUAUCGAGCGUGCCAGGGAGGCCACGAGGAUACGGUCGAAUUCCUUCUUGACCGCAAUGCCAAGUACAAUGGUGACGUGCUCUUUAAAGCUAUUAGAGUCGGUAGUUUGAGCAUUCUGGGGAGGCUCUUAGAUAACGAUCCAAUGGUUCACAACGGAAAACAUAGUUUCGAUGGCGAGGUACUGUCAGAAAUCAUCCGAGCAGAGCAUACGGCGAUACUUGACUUGGUUUUGGAAAGGGGCUAUGUUAUUACCAAGGAACGGCAUGAAGAUGCGAUGAAGUCAGCCAUAGCGAAUGGCCUUGAAUCAAUGGUGGAAUUCCUGGAGAGAAUCAAAAUAGCUGAAUAG